AUAAGUCCAAGGCUCUUCCAGCAACGCGCGAGCUGCACUGCGCGGGCGCUCCGAGAGCCAUUCGACAACCACUCGCCGGCGCGCGCGCAACAUGACGCGGCUCUCUCUGCUUCUGCAUCUCGUGUUGCUGCUCGGGGCAGCAUGCGCAGCACCGGCGCCGGCUCCGGGCCGAGUGCCGAAGGUGUACAACGCGCUCAUCACGUCCAAUCAGAAUCUGGAACCCAGCAAAGCCUACCCGGUGUAUCAGCCGGUGCUACACGACCCCUUCGGCUUCCCGUACUCGCCUUUCGUGUAUGGGGACUACCCUAUCAGUAAUGGUUUGAUUCCGGUUCCUGCGCCAUCUCCUAAGGGGCAGCCAGCACCUGCACCUCCUGCUCCAUCACCAGAGUCACCCCCGAAGCCUGCAGAAGCUCCCUCCGAGGACAAAACUCCCUCCAGCGAGAUUCCGCCACCUGAGCCGCAGCCUGAAUCGGACAGCGACAAACCGACGCCCGCGCCGCCGCUCCCUCCGAACACAGAAUCCCCCAUACCGCUAAAUGAAUUCGGCUUACCUUCUCAUGUUUUGCCAUUGGGACGUAUUAAUCCAGCUUAUAAUGGAUCCACGCAAGUCGGCCCAUUCACCUACCCGUACACGUACUCUGGCUUCAGAUUCUACGACCCGUAUGAUCCGUUUAGCUUUAACCCGUACGCAAAUUUGCCGCCUUUGUAUAGACCAUUGGGGAAUACGUUGGUACCGCAAGGUCCUGCGCUGGUUCCCGCCAGGGCUGUGCCAUCAGCGCCAGCGCCCGCACCUGCGCAAAGUGUAGACGCGCCUCCCUCCGAGCCAAGUGACCUAAACCUCCUCAACUAUGCGUCGAAGGACCCCGCUAUACCUAAUGUGCCUCCGCCUCCACUACCAAGCGGUGGACUAAAAACUGAUAAGUCAGAAUAAUGGGGAGACGGCAGACUUGGACAUAUUUCUUUUGGUCCACAAACAGAAGAUCAAGAUAUACCUAUUCAUUCCCCAAACGCAUUAAAAAGGGAACACUAAGCGUGUCAACCUUUCGAAAUGUCGAGUCGGACCAACCAGGCUCAGAUUUUGCAAAUUAAUAAUUUCUAUGACUAAAAUUUGACACUUCCACACCCUGACACGUCAAAGUCAGUGUGAAGGUAGAGUCAGACCAAAAAAAGUCUGCAGCGGAUUUGAUAGCCCACGCAGUGCACGUGUUAUUUUAAACGUCAAAAUUCUAUGACAUUAUGACGUAUAAAUAACACGUGCACUGCGUGGGCUAUCAAAUCCGCUGCAGACUUUUCUUGGUCCCACUCUAGUUUGGUUCGACUAUAGUUCUCAAAUUAUUUUUUAUUUUGGGUAGCAUUUUUUUCUACUAUGAUUCUGAUUCCUAUGAAAACAUAAUAUUUUAGCAAACAAAAUUAUUAUCAAAAUUCGUGUACCGUAAAAUGGGGUGAGUGGGGUUCGCGGGGAGAGUUGGGUUAUGAAUGGGGAGACCAGGGAUAAAAGGGGGGUGAGAUGGGAUUUUAAGGCUACUGCUACAAAAAUAAUGUAUUCCAGUUUAAAAUGGAGCUAUAGUAAUACUCAUAAUAAAAAAAAUCGAUCCAACAAUCUUCCAAAAUCACCUUUGUAUGAAAACCCAACCCCACAUACGAGGGACUACGGGGUGAGGUGAGAUUUCCUGUUUAUGAUCAAAGUUAUGAAAUGGAACUAUAUACUUACCUAAUAAAAACUAAAAUACAAAUGUCCGGAACACUUAUUAUAUACACCAUUCAGUUUGCAUAUGUAAAAAUAAAAUGUUAUCGAGGUUUGAAUGUCAGUUUUGCACCUACUCACCCCAUUUUACGGUACUCCAGUUUGCAGCGAUUAUCUUGGUCGGUGGGUAUGAUAUUGAGAUUAAGUAUUAUAAUGACUUAGGUUUAUUUAGAUAAGGAUGUCUUACGCAACACCGUGCCAGCACGAGCACUGAGUAAUUAAUAUUUUAUUUAGUCAGCAGUUACAGAUCGCAGAUUUUGAAACUGUUUCUUCUACGCAAUUUUGACGAGUUUCCCCAUCCCGGUCAACACAUGAGCAAACGCGUAUGGCAUGGGCAUAUGUGAAGGGUACACGGAAAGAACAUGUCUAAUAGUCACUCUGACAACAUUUUAAGUUAUCGCGGUUUGAAAGGAACGAUGUACAUACAUAAUUAACCAUAUUAAUUUCGUGAAUAGGUGUUUUUAAAGUAAGAAAAAACACAGGUAACCGAAGUUAUUACUAAUAGUUCAUUGAGAGCUCUACAUUUUGAGAUUAAAAUCUCAUUUUUCAAAAAAAUGGACUAGACAUGUUCUUUCCGUGUACCCUUCAUGUAAAGAAUCAGUUGACCGAGUGCCGGCCGGCAGUGGUCGGUGCUACGUGAGUAGUCCUUACUUGUAUCAUCCCAGUAAUGAUGAUGACAGCUAAAUUUAUUCUUAUUUAAUAUUGGUGAGGCACAAAGUUCCUGGUGAUACUUUUCGUAUUUAUAUAAUUUUUAAAGUUUGUACAAGUGUUAUUGAUAUUAAUAUUUGACAUUAUAAUUAUUAUAUUAUAGAAAAAUAUACCGAUAUAAAGUUAUGUACUCAA